AUGAGAACCAUAAAACCCAUAGGACCAACCAGUUGUUUCUCUUCAGCCUGUUCUGUGAAAAAUCUCUGGACUGGAAUCUGUUUUCUUCUGGUGGAGCUGUGUGAGAGGUUCACCUUCUUUGGAAUCGUCUGCAAUAUGAUCCCCUUUUGCACUGUCAAGCUUGGUCAUGGCAACGCUGAGGCAGCCAUUUUGAACUUGUCUUUCAUUGGGACUUCCAUUCUUACCCCUUUGCUCGCAGGAUGGUUUGCUGAUGUCUGUGGAGAAAAAAACAAACUGAUUUAUGUGUGCUUGUUUCUGCAUUUGCUAGGCUCAGCACUAUUAUCUAUGAUUGCCUUUCCCUUGGGGCAUUUCUCCAUAGGUCUUUACCAUACAACGAACAACCUCCCCACUCAGGAGCAGACAAGGCUGUUCUAUGGAGCACUGUUGGCCAUCAGCCUCGGCAUUGGCGGAAUAAGAACCCUCUGUCCACUGGGUACUUACAGCCUUCAGGAAUGUGGACCCCAGAGACCAAGUGCUUUUUGUUCCUGGUCUUAUUGGAUCAUGAAUCUAAAUGCCUCUGUGGUCUUUCUGGGAAUAUCUUUUAUCCAGUACUCUGGAGCCUGGCCUCUGGUUUUACUUUUUCCUUUCAUUUCUACACUUAUGGCUCUGAUAACUCUCCAUAUGGUGCACCAUAACCUCAUUUAUCAGCCAGAAAAAUGUUGCUCCCCGCUGAAAGUGUUUGGGGUUCUUUCUCAUGCCCUGAAGACAUGCAGCUUAAAAUCUUCGGACCUUGUCCAGUGCAGGACAAGCUGGCUGGACCAGGGCAGGGAGGAGAACAGAAGCUGUUACAGGGGUCUCCAUGUGCAAUGCACUAAGACUUUUGUCAUCCUACUCCUGCUCUUCACCUUGCAGAUCCUCUUCAGAAUGUGUGUUGUGCAGAUUCCUUCAGGAUUUUACCUGCAGACCAUGCAUUCCAACCUGAAUUGGGAGGGAUUUCUCCUGCCAGUCGCAGUGAUGAACAUCACCAACAUCCUACCUCUGUUAAUUCUCGCUCCACUGAUGGAGUAUUGCAGCAACUGCCUGCCUCCCUCUACACGAGACGGACGGUUCCUGUCAGCAUGCAUUAUUGCUGGGCACCUCUGUGCCGCCCUGAGUGUAAUGGUAGCUGGCAUCCUAGAAAUCUACCGGAAGCAUUUCCCUCCCAUGCAGCAACCGCGCUCAGGCGAAGCUAUCAGCGUCUCCUCCAUGCCUUGCGCCUACCUGGUCCUUCAAUACGUGCUGCUGGGAGCGGCUGAGAUGCUGGUGGGCCCAGCCUUCUCUGUCAUAUACAGAUUUGUUCCAAGAGCCAUCAGAGGAAGCACUAGGAAUUUGCUGACUCUGUUCAAUGGAUUUGGCUGUUUCACAGGGGCACUGUUGGUGCAGGUGAUAUAUCUCCUCACAGAAGGCAAUUGGUUUCCAAACACAUUAAACAAAGGCAAUUUAGAAAGCUUCUUCUUCUUCUUGGCCUCAUUAACGUUGUUGAACGUCCUGGGAUUCUGGAGUGUUUCACAAAGAUAUUGUAAUCUAAAUCAUUUUAAUGCCCGGAACAUCCAUGGAAGUAAUCUUGAAGAAACAUUUCUCCUCCAUGAAAAGUCUCUGAAAUUUUAUGGUAGCACACAGGAGUUUUCUUCUAGUAUUGAUCUUUGGGAGACAGCCCUAUGAAACUAUA